CACAAGAACGUAUCUGCCUCGUUCUGUAAGCUAGCUAAAUACCAGCCUUGACCUGCAGAGCAGACUAUAAUUCCGACAAACUGCAGGUUUUGGUUUUUAAUUUCUGUUUUAAACUAUGACAGACUCCAAUGAGACGUGUGAAUCAGUAAUGCUACAGCCGAACGAUUUAAUAAUGUCUGAUAUUGAUGAAAGUAAAGAAGAGCUGGGAGGCUUUUCAUAUCAGGAAGAGGUGCAGGACUCAGAUAUUCCAGCAUCUCUACUCAGCUACUUUGAGACCUCAAAAAGCCGAGCAGCAGCCUGUGAGAAAAUCAUCCUGGAGGAUUUUGAAGAUUUCACUGCAUCACAUCAAGAUGACCGUUGGAUUAAAUUACCAACUAAACUCAAUAAGGACACGAGGAAACUGAAUGAUCAGACCACACAUGAAACAGAAAAUGAGGAAAACAUGACUGGUGACAAAUAUGUGGAGAGUGAAAUAGAUUUAGUAUUGGAGAUGAGUGAAUACAGAGCAGAGCGAGACAAAUGCCACUGCGAGGACGUGCAGAAAGAAGAGCAGAGGCGACAAAGAGAGGCAGACUUUCAGGAGCAGCUGAGGAGGAUCAUGGAGGCAGAAAAGCGCUAUCAGAUGGAACUUGAACUGAAAGAGAAGAGAGCUCAAGAAAGACUUGAACAGGAGUUGCUACUUCAGCAGGAGAUCAUAAGUAACUUAAAAAAACAAGUGGAGCACGAGAGAAGGAUGAUUGAAGAAGAACAGAUGAGGAAAAAACAGGAGGAAGAAGAAAUAAAAGAAAAGGAGAAAAAAGAUGAGAAGAAGAGGGAAGAAGAGGACAAAAGGAAAAGACAAGAGGAGAAGAAAAGAUUGGAAGAAGAGGAAAAGAGAAAAUAUGUAGCAGCGAUAUUUGAAAAGGACAAGAAAAAGAAGGACGAGGAACAAAAGAAAAAGGAAGAAGAGAGAGAAAGGGAAGUAGAAAAAGACAGGAUAGAAGAGGUGAGGAAGAACGAGGAGGAGAAAAGGAUACAAGAACUACAGUUUAAAGGGGAGGAGAUGAGAAGAAAGAGAGGUGAGGAAGACAGAAAUAAAGAAAAGGGGGAGAAAAAGUUAAAAAGGGAAGAGGAGGAAACGGAAGGGGAAGAAGAGAGGAAAUUCCUUGUGGCAGGGAAGAAGUGGACAGAUGAGGAAAAGAAAAAAACCGGACAAGAAUUAAAACUUAAGGAUGAACUGAAAAAGAUGGAAGAGGAUGGGAGGAAAAUGAGGGAUGAGGGUGAGAAGAGAGGAGAGAAAGAGCAGAGAAACAGUAAGCAAGUUGAAAUGAGGAUGAAGCAUGAGACAAGAGAUGAGGAGGAGGAGGAGGAGAAAUCUGAAGGAGAAAGAGCACAGGCAGAGAGGAAGAUGACGGAUAGAGUUCUGACAAAAGAGGGAGAUGAAAGCAUAAAAACAGAGGGUGAAGUGCAACUAAGGGGAGGUGAAGAAAAGAAAAGAUAUGAGGAGAGGAGAAAAAGUGUGGAAAAUAUUAAUAUAAUAAGAAAAAAAGAGGAAAAGAAAACAAUCGAACAGAGUGAAUGGCAGCAGAAAGAAGAAGAAAUUAGGCACAUGCAAGAAAUACAGGACGAGAAGAGCUAUGUAGGAGAAAAUAGAAAAAUGGAACAUGAGAGAAAAGGAAAGGAUAAAAAGAAGAGUCAUGAUGAACUGAAGAAACCACAACAGAAGGACGGCAUGCAGAAAGAAGAGAAUGAGACAAAACAUGGCAUGAGACAGAAUGUGGAGGAGACAAAAGUAGACAAAGAGAGAAAGAUACAACCACAAGAAAGAGGAGUGAAAGAAAGUAAGAACAGAGAAGGGGAGCAGGAAAAAGACAGGAUGCUGAUCAACAACGAUAAACUGCGGGAGAAGAAAGGAGAAAAUAACAUCUUGAAAUCUCAAAACAACAAUACAAAUAACUCCUGGACCUCAUGGAGCCCUGCUGAAACUGCUCAUCUUUCAGAUAAAAACAUCUGUCAGGCCUCAGCAGUGAAGCCCUGCAGCCCUUCCUGCUCUCCAGCUGUCUGCCUUCCAGAGCACACAGAGCAGAAGAGGCUGUCCUGGAUGAAAGACUGUGUCCCCUGGUCUAAACUGUCCCUCAAGAACAAGAGGAAGCAAAAGAGUUCUGCCCAAAGCCAGAGAGGGCAAAAGAGGGUAGCCGAGGCCAGCAGACUGCCCCUCCUUUGCCCACACACUCUGCUACAGUCCUCAAACUGCAAAUCUCUGCAGGAGAUAACUACGGUGACACUGGAAGACCUGCCCUGCUGCAGCCUGUCCACUCUUGUCCAGUGUAAUCAGCUGCGGUCCCUCACCCUCAUACGCUGUGGCCUCAAAUCACUGGAGGGCAUCAGCCAGCUGCAGCAUCUAUGCUACAUUGAUGUGCAGGAGAAUGACAUUUCGUUUGUGGACUGUGAGAAUAUGUCCAGCUUACAAGUUCUUCGACUGGCCAACAACAAGCUGAAAUCCAUCCACGGUUUAAAUGGUGCUGACAAUUUGAGCGUUCUCGACAUCUCGUACAACUCCAUCACUCGUAUUGCUGGUCUGGAGUCUGUGAAGAGGCUGCAGAAGCUUUCAGUUAACCAUAACCAGCUGAUCAGCACCAGAGGGCUGAGGGAUGUUUAUACACUCCUCCACCUGGACUGCUCACACAACCACCUGGCAACCACAGAGGGUCUGGAAAACAAUGCUCUGCUUCACACACUGGACCUGAGAUCCAAUGCUCUUACUGAGCCCCCUUGUCUUAACAACCAGGUCCUUCUCAGAGAGCUGCAUCUGGACGACAACAAUAUCUCGUCCCUGCAAGGCCUCAGUGCCUGCUGGCUUCCCCUCAUGCAAAACUUUACCGCAGCCCAGAACAGAAUUACCCAGCUGCCCUUCAUGGUGGAUUUUGUGUCCCUUGAAAAGCUGGAUCUUAGAUUCAAUUGUCUAUCAGAGCUACAAAACCUGUGUGAAAAUCUGGAGGGAUGUUGCUUCCUUCAGGAAAUCCACUUGACAGGGAAUCCUCUUCAGCAGGACGGUGGGUGGAGAUCCACUCUGCAGAAAGCUGUGCCCAGACUCUUGUACAUUGACAGCCAGCAGACAGACUCUUUCCUCUCACCCUGUGCUGCUCAGAAGGUCAGCGUGGUCCCAGACUGCUUCCUGAUGUUCUGCCAGGCUCAGCUUCAGCAAACUCAGGAUUUACAACAGCAUCACAGUAGCGAGCUCAGAAAUGCUUCGUCUCCACUGGAUGCUGUGAAAAGCAUCUGCCACCAUCUCACUAUGGCUUUGAAGAUAGCUGAGGACCAAAGAUUUGCCCACGAAUAUGGUGACACUGCUAUGACUGCUGAACGAUUGGCUGCAGGUCAAACAGUUCCUGAAAAGACACUUGACAUGGACAUUGUUAUUGUGGAAAAAUGUGUUUAUCACCAAGACAUGAAGUCCACUAAGAAACAAUUGGCCGUCGCUCCGAGCAGAAGUUUUGAAGAGAGUCUGUGUGACACGUUUGAUGUUGUUACAAGCAGUCCUUGGACUGAAUCAGUAGUUAGGAAAAUUGACUCUGGCAGUGUUCACAUCUUUACAUCAAAUGGAGGAAGCACCCUCAUCAAUCCUGACAAAGCAACUGCGUCCAGCUUUCAGGAGUCUGAGCUCGAAAGCAUGGCGGCAGCAGUGAUUCAACAUCGGUGGAGGAAAUACAAACAGAAAUGUGGAAAUGUUGAUAGCCCCUCCAUCACAGAGAGGGCAGGAGAAACAAAUGGAAUUAAAGAAAAGCCAGAAUCCGGACCUGCGUUUAUUAACAGGAGCUCCGCUGACCAAGACUGCGCAGCAACUGUCAUCCAGGCAUUUUGGAGGGGCUUCGCUCUAAGGAGGAGACUUGGAUGUGCUCUUGCUGCUGCUGCUGUCACAUGGCCUGACACUGGAGAGGAGGACACCUUUGAGGAGGUGGAUGUGGAGGAAUUUGUCUUUGAUGAGCCUGCUCUGGAGAAAUACUGGACAGUGACUCUUUCUGAGGACUCACCUCCCAGUCAUCAUCCUGUGUCAGAGCAGCUAUUAUCUCCAAAGCCUUCUGUUUCCUCCCAUGGUCACUCCCAGAGCAAAUUUCCAGCACCACUUGCACAGAGUCCAAAACAGGCCUGGAUGGCUGGGCAACACAUGGACUCCCACAGAAGUCAGUCUCCACCCUCAUCAUCAGUACUAAGUGGUCUAUCUGAAAGAACAGAGAAAAUUCUGGAAGAAUGGGGCUUUACUGACCAGCGCACAGCUCUCCUUAUGAUUAAGAGAGCCCAGAAGAUGAAGUCCACCAAACAGCAGAAAAAACAUAGAAAUCCAUCUGAACAUCUCACUAUGUUCAGAAAUUACAGUUACCAACCAGGUCCAGUGGGGGCUCGAAACAAGCCUGCACAAUGUAACAGAUGUUCUUUAAAAGGUGCAGUUGGUGAGGCCAAGUUUGGCCUUCAGCAGGCAGAGAGGACGGAGCAAAUGAGGCGAGAACAAGCUCAGCAGCGGCUGCUUACACAGCAUGACAGGAUCUCAGAGAGUGAGCAUUUCUUACCGGAGAUAAACUCUUCCACUCUGAAUGGAGGCAGAGUGCAGCUUGUGGGUGACCCGGCAUACGUAGAUCGUCCACACGCCACUGGACUGUGGGCCAACAGGUUGGUUGGCCAACCUGACAAAGUAAACGCUCACAGAAACUCCUCAGGUCAAGAAAGAAAAGAGGCCCUGUGUCCUAAUCGAGUCAUGUCGGCUCCGUCAAAAAAGGAGCGCAUCUCCUUCCGAGACAACCCCGUUCAGAUGAGCGGCGGCUGGGGAGGAGGCAAGAAGAGGCACAGACUACACAAGUAAAUCCGUGUCUGCAAAAAAUACAAAUCUGAUAUAUUUUUCACCUUUAGAAAGACGCUGUAGAAUAGUCUUCUUUGCUUUGUUGUGGUAAUAAAAUGUUCUCCUAC